CUCUCUCUCUUCAUGUGUUCUGAAUCUUCUCUUCAAAUUCAAUAUAUUCAUCUUAUGAUACUAACAACUUUAUACUCUCCAUACAAAUAAAAGCUGAGAAAUUAAGAAAGAUUUGCAUAUAGAAAGAGAGAAAUUAAAGAUGGACAUGAUGAAGAAUAAAGAGAAGGAGCUUUUUCAUGUUGCUCAUAAGGUCCCUUCAGGUGAUGGACCUUAUGUUAGGGCCAAGCAUGCUCAGCUAGUUGAGAAGGAUCCAGAAGGAGCAAUAGUGUGGUUUUGGAAGGCCAUAAAUGGAGGAGAUAGAGUGGAUAGUGCACUUAAAGAUAUGGCUGUGGUAAUGAAGCAGCUCAAUAGAAGUGAAGAGGCUAUUGAAGCCAUCAAUUCUUUCAGAUGCCUCUGUUCCAAACAGGCUCAAGAAUCCCUUGAUAAUGUCCUCCUUGAUCUUUUCAAGAAAUGUGGAAAAGUAGAUGAACAAAUAGCACUGUUGAAACAAAAGUUGAGACAGAUAUACCAAGGUCAAGUCUUCAAUGGUAAACCUACAAAAACUGCUCGCUCUCAUGGAAAGAAGUUUCAAGUUUCCGUCAGGCAAGAGACAGCCAGAGUCCUGGGAAAUUUGGGCUGGGCCUAUACGCAAAAAGGGAACUUUAUGGCGGCGGAAGUUGUGUACAAGAAAGCCCAAAUGAUCGAUGCAGACAGUAACAAGGCCUGUAAUCUGGCCCAUUGCCUAAUCAAGCAAGGCCGGUAUGAUGAGGCCCGUAAUAUUCUUGAUAAUGUUUGGGGAGGUAAUUAUACAGGUUCUGAAGAUACAAAGACAAGGAACCGUGUGGAGGAAUUGUUGUUGGAAUUGGACUCGAGGCAACCACCACCAUACUUGCAAAAUCUUCCGGGCCUAAACUUGGAUGAUGAUUUCAUGAAUGGGCUUGAACAACUUAUAAAUGAAUGGGCCCCUCCAAGGUCAAGAAGACUACCAAUAUUUGAGGAGAUCUCUACUUUCAAAGAUCAAUUGGCAUGUUGAUUGUUUUCAAAUAUUAGGGUACUGGAUAGAUAGAGAAUGACAUAUGUUAGUGCUAUAAAUUAGGUGAAAAUAAAUAAAAGCUUGUGAACAAUGUAAAUUUUGAAGUUUGGGAAAUGAACUAUUCUACUUUUGUUGUCGGUUUAA